AAUCCUUUCUCCAUACCAUGUCCUUCUCUUCCCAUUCCAUUCCAUGUAUUUGUGCAACCAAACAUCUUACAUUACUAAACAAACCACCGCACCGCACGUUAACUAAACAAACCAAACCACCUUUCUCGUAACUAUCAAAACUCUUCCACUCUCAUUAUUCACCAUCAUUACAACAUGUCCCACUUUGACAAAAACCUCUCUUCCUCUUCCUCGCAAGAUGAUAUCUCCCUUUUUCUCCAUCAAAUUCUCCUCCGUUCUUCUUCUUCUUCGUCUUCCUCUUCCCAUCUCAUGCCUGGAUCCAUCCUCUCAAACCCACUUCAACAUGCAAACAUCUCGCCUCUUCAUCCCAUUACCAGACCAAACCCCUCCUCUUCUGUCGGAGGAGGACUCAGUGGUAACGACACGGAUGAAUAUGACUGUGAAAGUGAGGAGGGUGUUGAAGUAUUGACAGAAGAAGCUCCAACAAAAUCUGUAGCUUCUAGGAGUUCUUCAAAGAGAAGUAGAGCAGCAGAAGUUCAUAAUUUGUCUGAAAAGAGAAGGAGGAGUAGGAUCAAUGAGAAAAUGAAGGCUUUACAAAAUCUGAUACCUAAUUCUAACAAGACUGAUAAGGCUUCAAUGCUAGAUGAAGCUAUUGAAUACCUUAAACAGCUUCAGCUCCAAGUACAGAUGCUGUCAUUGAAAAAUGGAUUAAGUUUGCAUCCUAUGUGCUAUCCAGAAGGCUUGCAGCCUCUGUCGUUGUCUCGGUUGAGUAUGGAAUUGAGUGACGGAAACCGGUCUACCCCUUUAAACAUGACAUCUACGCUGCCUCAUCCCCAAGACAACAACCCUUUGCUCUAUGCAUCCAAUCUUCCUAACAAAAACACAUUGACGAGUCAGCCGUCGAUGUCCUCCUAUCCUUCGUAUGUUAACAACAACCUAGAAACUUCUUUUGCGGUGGAAUCCCGAAUCCCGUCGCAUAAAAGACCUCUUCAACAAACUUCAGAGACGGUACACGGUGAAGACAUGUUGCAGAACCAGCAAUCGAAUGCAAUCUAUUCUGCUACCAAUCUAUUAGGUGGUUCUCAAGGUGUCGAAGAAUUUGAGGCGGGCACGAUGGCUGCACCUUCUACUAACAACUCUUUGCAAACGUGUAUCGCCGGAAGAGAUCAGUCAAAUGCAAUCAUGAGAAAUAGUGAGCCAAAUGCUAUAUUCACAUCGUAAUUAACUAGCUAAAAAUAAAUCAGAUUUUUGAAGUUUGUCAUGCUUCCAAAACUUUAUUAAUUUUGCUUUCUCAUAGAAAUAGCAUCACUUUAGCAUUUUGUGGUGUUGGUAAUAGUGCUAACAAGCUUCUGGCUUAUCUAACUUGGGGGAUUAAUUUAUAAUCAGCUUCUCAAGUUGAUGAAUUAUCUAUAAUGUAUGCAGACAUGAUUAACUGAUGAUUAUUGUAUUAGGUAUAUAAAGACUGUACUAAAACCUUCUUUGAUGAUUUCAGUCUAAGAUGAUGUUUAUUGCUUA